AUGAAUGCAAAAUCAUCCACUUCGGUAAAACUUGUUCUCUUGGGUGAAGCUGCUGUUGGUAAAUCGUCCUUGGUUCUUCGUUUUGUUUCCAAUGAUUUCCAAGAAAAUAAAGAACCAACUAUUGGUGCAGCUUAUUUAACCCAACGCUGUACGAUUAACGAUAGAACAAUUAAGUUUGAUAUAUGGGAUACAGCUGGUCAAGAAAGAUUUGCUUCCUUGGCUCCAAUGUAUUACAGAAAUGCUCAAGCUGCUUUGGUUGUUUAUGACAUAACGAAACCACAAUCAUUUAUUAAGGCCAGACACUGGGUUAAAGAGUUACAUGAACAAGCUUCAAAGAAUAUCAUCAUCGCAUUAGUUGGUAACAAAUAUGAUGUUGUUGAAAAUGAGGAAGAAGGAAGUGAGGAUUCAAAGAGAAAAGUCAGCAUUGAAGAAGGCAAACAAUUGGCAAAGGAUGAAGGAUUAUUAUUUUUCGAAUCUAGUGCUAAAUCAGGCUUCAAUGUCAAUGAAAUAUUCAUGGCCAUCGGUCAUAAAAUUCCUGACACUAGUGCCGGGGCUGCCUCAGUUAACGACAAUAGAAAUAGCGAGAGAGUUGAUUUGACUGUCAACAACGAUUCCCCUGUCAAUGGGAACGCUAAUUGUGGAUGCUGA